AUGCAGAAACUUGGUAAAACAGCACCAACCCAAAACCGAAAACACACCACCAUGAUGAACUACGAGAACUAUGAUCCUUCCUAUCCCGACCAGCCUGUGGUGGACCUCUACCUACAAGUUUGGGCUAAUCUCCCGGCCUUCCGGUCCAAGCCAGCCUUCGUUUGGGUCGAAGACAGCGCCGCCAUUGAUGCUAAGUCAACCCUCACGUAUUCUCAGCUCAAUGACUCGGUGCAGUGCAUUGCUUCUCAAUUGCUCAUCCCACUUCAAAGAGGUGACACUGUCGUCAUCCUCUGCUCACCUGGGCUUGAACUGGUCGAGACCAUUUUCGGGUGCCAAAGGGCUGGCCUUUUGAGCGUGCCCAUUUCCCCACCUGACCCUUCUUUCACUAAUCAAAACUUCCACCACCUUAUAAGAGCCCUCUCCCAAACAAAGCCUAAAGCUGCCAUAGCUCACCCCACUUACAUCACAAGCAUUAACCACUACAUAUCCUCCUCAUCCUCCAACAAAAAGCUUGUUCAUAUGUUGCAAAGUCUCCACUGGAUUUCCACUGUUGACAUCAAAGCUAAAGAUAGAAAGUUACAACAUUCCCAAUUGGGUCCUAAAUUUUCACCAUACAAAGGCUGCAGAGCAGAGGAUGUGUAUCUGGUUCAGUACACUUCAGGAGCAACUGGGAUCCCAAAGCCAGUGCUUGUCACAGCAGGUUCAGCUGCUCACAAUGUUAGGACAGCCAGGAAGGCCUACGAUCUUCACCCGAAUAGCGUGAUUGUUUCGUGGUUGCCUCAGUACCAUGAUUGUGGCCUCAUGUUUCUGCUGUUAACAAUUGUGUCUGGUGCAACAAGCGUCUUGACAUCACCAGCUGCGUUUGUUAAUAGGCCAAGGCUGUGGCUCGAGCUAAUAACACAGUUCAAAGCUACUUGCACUCCUGUUCCAUCGUUCGCGCUGCCGUUAGUUGUCAAGCGAGGUGGGAUUGACAAAGGCACCUCGCCUAUACAUCUAUGGAGUUUACAGAAUCUCAUUAUUAUAAACGAGCCGAUUUACAGGGACGCGGUUGAGCAAUUUGUAAAUGUGUUUAGGACUUUUGGGUUGAACCCAUCGUCCAUUUCUCCUUCUUAUGGCUUGGCAGAGAACUGCACGUUUGUUUCAACAGCUUGGAGGAGACCAUGCAGCAAUCACGUUCCCAACAUGCCAUCAUACAACAAGCUCUUGCCAAGUGCAAGGCUCGGGCAAAAUGACGACGAACUGGUGGACAUGGAUAUCAUUGUCGUGAACGACGAGACGCAUGAAGCAGUUGAGGAUGGGAUUGAAGGAGAGAUUUGGGUUUCGUCUCCCAGCAAUGCCUCUGGUUACUUAGGCCACCCUACAAUGACUCGUGAGGUGUAUUAUGGAAGACUUAAGAACAAGGUCAGUCGGUCCUUUUUACGAACAGGUGAUAGGGGUGUUGUGAAAGGAGACGAAAGGUAUCUUUUUGUGAUGGGUCGAUGUGCGGACGUGAUCAAACGUCAAAACCAUGAAGAAAUCCAUCCACAUUAUAUAGAAGCAGCUGCUUAUAAUAGCAGUCCGUGGUUUCUGAGAGCGGGGUGUUCGGCUGCGUUUGAGAUUUCAAACACAGUUGUGGUGGUUGUGGAGAUGCAGAGGAAUGAGAAAGAGAUUGGGGUUUUGAGGAAGAUAUGUGAAGGAGUGAGAAAAGGUGUGGCUGAAGAGGAGAGAGUUGAAGUUGGGAUGGUGGUUCUGGUUAGAAGUGGGAGUGUGCCUAAAACUACUUCAGGUAAAAUACAAAGAUGGGCAACCAAAGACAAGCUCAUUGGAGGCAAAAUGAGCGUUUUGAUGGAGAUGCGGUUUGGUGAUUAUGGUGACUCUUUUUCAAGUUUUGGGAUAAUAAUUGGUGAAAGUGAGGGGAAAGGUGAUUACGGGAGAGGAAGAGGAGGAGGGAAGACAAAAGUGGUGGUAGGUGAGGAGAGAGAGGACAUCUUUCUCUCAUUCUCAUCAAACGGUCCACUUCGUCCCUCAUUGCUCUCUUUUUUGUGA